AUGAUCUGUAAAAGAUUUCCAAGGGCCAUUGUGUCAUCAAAUCUAAUAACAACAAGGUACUUGCACGCUUCUUCAAAAAUCGCCAUGCCACUUCCUCCAGUAUUGGAAUCUCGCCGUCCAAAACAGGCUCCAGAGUUCGAUUACUCGACUGUUUCCAACUACAAGUCGUUCUUGGUGAAGAAAUCUCAAUUGGACGUUACCGUUGACUUCGACAAGAAGACGAUUAGCGGUAGAGUGUCGUAUGAAAUUGAGAAACGCAAUGCGGACGAGACUGCGAUCAAGUUGGACACUUCUUUCUUGGACGUUAGCAAAGUCCAAGUGAACGAUGAGGAAAACGUCAAGUUUGAGAUUCUGCCAAGAUCUCAUCCUUUGGGGUCGCAAUUAGUUGCGACUCCGUCGGUUUUGCCCGAACAGUUCAAGUUGUCUCUUGAGUUUUCGACCACUGAUAAGUGUACUGCUUUGCAAUGGCUAGACGUGCACCAGACUUCCGGGAAGCCAUACGUUUUCUCGCAAUUGGAAGCCAUCCAUGCUAGAAGUUUGUUCCCAUGUUUCGACACUCCAAGUGUGAAGUCGCCAUUUGUGGCCAACAUCAAGUCUGAGUUGCCAGUUGUGUUCUCCGGUAUCCAAACCGGGUUCGAUGAGGCCACCAAGACUUACACUUUCGAGCAAAACGUUCCUAUUCCUGCGUACUUGAUCGGUGUCGCAUCCGGUGACCUUGUGAGCGCUUCGAUUGGUCCUCGUUCCAAGGUUUACACUGAACCAUACCGUUUGAAGGACGCUGUGUGGGAAUUCGACGGUGACGUUGAGAAAUUCAUCACCACUGCGGAAGAAAUCAUCUUCAAGUACGAGUGGGGCACCUACGACAUCUUGGUGAACCCAAACUCUUACCCAUACGGUGGUAUGGAGUCUCCAAACAUGACGUUUGCCACUCCAACCUUGAUUGCCCACGACAAGUCCAACAUCGACGUUAUCGCCCACGAGUUGGCCCACUCCUGGGCCGGUAACUUGGUCACCAACUGUUCCUGGGACCACUUCUGGCUAAACGAGGGCUGGACCGUGUACUUGGAAAGAAGAAUCACCGGUGCUAUCUACGGCGAAGCCACCAGACACUUCAGCGCCUUGAUUGGCUGGAAUGACUUGGACAACUCCAUCUCCGCCAUGAAAAACCCUGAAAGAUUCAGCUGCUUGGUCCAAAACUUGAAGGACGGCGCUGACCCAGAUGACGCCUUCUCCACUGUCCCAUACGAAAAGGGUUCCAACUUGUUGUUCCACUUGGAAAACGUCUUGGGCGGCAAAGAAGCCUUUGAUCCAUUCAUCAAACACUACUUCAGCAAGUUCGCACGCCAAUCCUUGGACACUUGGCAAUUCUUGGACACCUUGUUCGAGUUCUUCCACGACAAACGCGCCAUCUUGGAAGCCGUCGACUGGGAAACAUGGCUAUUCACCCCAGGUAUGCCUCCAAAGCCAGAGCUAAUCACAGACUUGGCCGACAACGUCUACUCUUUGGCCAACAAAUGGAUCGCCGCUGCCCAAGAAUUCUCCGACCCACAACAAUUCCUAAAGACCUUCUCUGCUAACGACGUCGCAUCAUUCUCCUCCAACCAAAUCGUCCUAUUCUUGGACACCUUGGUCCAAGGCGGUCAACCAGAAAACUCUGCAUUCUCCUGGUCCUCCCACCGUGAUGCUUGCGAAGCUUUCUGCUCCAUUUACGACGAAAAGAUCGGCAAGUCUCAAAACACAGAAGUCAUCUUCAGAAAAUUCAGAUUGCAAAUAAAGUCCCACGAUACUACAGCCUACAAUGCCUUGGCUGAAUGGUUGGGCACUGUCGGUAGAAUGAAGUACGUCCGUCCAGGUUUCCGUCUAUUGAACGAAGUCGACCGUGACUUGGCCAUCAGAACCUUCGAAAAGCUACAAGACACCUACCAUCCAAUCUGCAAGGCCCUAGUCAAGCAAGACUUGGAUCUAUAA